AUGACGGAGAUGUACUCGGGGCUCCAUGUGGGCCAACGAUUCGUCUCGCUGGAAGAGUUCAAGUCAGUUGUGCGAAGUAUAUCAGUCAGGCAGCAUUGGGAACUUCGGGUGACCCGAAGCAACAAGAAAAGCGUUGUCAUAGGGUGCCGAUCGUCCGCCAAUUGCUACUUCCGCGUUGUCUGCCGUGCAAACAAAAACGAGACUUACAUAACGAGCCUUCAGGAUAGCCAUAGCUGUCGACGGCAUGCAGCAUCCCCAGGAACAACCCCAGCCCGGUCCGAGGCUUCGCAUGUGCGGUUCUUACUAAACGAAAUACCAAAGUUGUUUGACCUGAGUCACAAGAUCAAAGGACAAGAUGUUGUGGAUGCGGUCAAGCGGUAUCAUGGAUAUGACAUAUCCAUAAGACAAGCGCACCGAGCGCUCACCAAAUUACAACCAAGGCUACCACAUCACCAGAGCGAAGAACCAGGGGAUCGCGCUUUGAACGGGAAUAACCAGCCCGGUCCCCAGGCUCACGCCACGCCGUCGGUCAAUGGCUCAGUUUACAGUACCAUCUCCGAGCAAAGAUGGAUUCCCGACAAUGUUCAUCAGUCGGGAUUCCUGGAAAAGCGACCUAUCGAGCUGACAGAUGACCCAAGUCAUGAGUCUCCGCAACCAGCAGAGCUUGUUCGCGAUGCUGUGCAGCCACAGAUUCCAUCACAACGUCCGCAGCCAGUGCAUGGCUCAUCCCAAGUACAACUUCCAUCCGGGGCACAACCACAGGAGCAGAUUACGCUCAAUGACGAGUUGCGCACGACUGAUGAGCAGCAGUCAGAUUACAUACUAUCGGCACCUACAGUACUGUCUGCACCACAACCGGGGCCGUCUCAAUCUCCACAACAGCCACGCAGUACUGGACAUCCUUCUGCGCCACAGAUGAUCUUGACCAAUUUCAAGAUCGAGUUCACCUGUACUGCUUGUGGAGCUUUGAAUCAAAGCUUUAUCCCAAAUCAGGGGAAUAUAACUGGUGGAGCGUACUUGCCUUCAAAUAACGUAAUCAAUCAUGGUCCUGUCGGCAGAACUACAAAUUCUUCAAUUCAGUCAGGUGCCAGCGGUGUUGAACGUGUGGCCCAGACUAAUGAAUAUGUGGAAGCUCCUUCAGUCAACGCACGAGGCAUACAGCCGCUAUGGCAGCCAGGGAGUGUCGCGGUUUCAAUUCCACCCACGCAUACGUGA